AUGCAGUCCUUCUUCAAUUCGCCGCCAUUUGGAUCAAAACCGAGAGAAAUGUCGGGUAUUCGACUUCCCACUACGGAAACAGUGAGGGUACGAGUGCCCACUCAAGUACCAGGCACUUUAUUUUCUAAAAUUAAGUCAAAGCGACACGAAUCAAGCUCAUCGUCAUCAGAAGAUGAUGAUGCCGUGCAUGUUUAUGUGUUAUUCAAAGGACCUCAGCUCAGUGUCUACAUUCCAAAUGUGUCACUCAGUCAUUGGCAAAUAGUUUGUCAUUUCAAAGAUACAGAUGAAUAUAGAUGCUAUGAAAUGAUAAUAGAUAAAGAUGGCCGUAUUACUUAUGACAUCACACAUUUCCACUAUAGCAGUACGAUCUACUUUUGCUAUCUUGGAGAAUGCGAUUUAACCAAAAAAGAAAUCAAAAAGAAAGCGAAGAAAGUACCUGUGAAUGGUGAAAAAUACAUCGUGGGAAUUAAUGAUUGUCAGAAAUGGGCAAAACAAUUUCUUAACAAUUUGGAUCUAACUCUGAAAGGCGACGGACGAGCUUUCAUGGCGUUUGCUGCUCAUCGAUUAACAACUGCUUUAACACCAUCUGUAAAAUCUUGCUCUGGCCAUCGAAAACUAAAACCAUACGAUUAG